AAGUGAGUUUGUUUACAGGCUAUACUGAGGUUAUAUGUAGGAGGAGGGAGCAUAAUUCACACAAGUGAGAACAGUGAAGUGAAAAGACAUGCAGCUCUGGCUGUGUUGCGCUCUGCUGGUGUUUGUGGCAGGAGGAUGCUUGGCACAGAAACCUCGUCCGUGCAGAAGUCCUCCUCUCCUCGAGGGAAGCCUCAAUGUGGUAACUCAAAAUGGCGGUUACAGCGCAUACGGGAAGUACGCCUACGACUCUAUUCUCCGGCGCAUCCGCCUUCGCGAGGUUGUCCGCCAUGAUAAUGAAACGUUUAUUACGGAUGUUCUGCUACUCUAUCAAGAGCAUGUAAUGUACCUGAUCAACCCCAAAAACAAGACGUGCCAAAAGCGGGAGCUGACGUCCCAGUUCCACCCGAUGAAGAUCCCCUGCAAUGCUACUCUUCUUGGGCAGGUCGUGCUAGGGAGUCUCUCUGCACCUGGAGAAGGACUGCUCGUCAACUCGUGGAGUGGAGAGACACCCAAGGAAAAAAGCCAGUACUUCCUGACGUUCACCGAGUUUGGUUGCCUUCCUGUCAGUGUCCUUUUCAACAUGCCAAAGACCGGCUGGGUUGUGACCAACUUUUUUAACAUCAUUCGUGGGAUUAAGGACCCAUCUGUGUUCAUUCCUCCACCGUUCUGCAACAAUACUACACUGGAAACAGGAAAGAAAGGAGAUUUCUUCAGUGCUUUCUUCUGAGUCAAUACUACUGCUUCAUAUCUCCCAUAUGUUACAUCACUGAACAUUAAUGAAUUUAAAUAAAGAGUUUGGCAAUCAUUUAAAUGUA